UCUUAAAGCCGCUAACACACGGAGAUAACAACAGUGUCACAACGAGUGACUCGACUUCUAACAAAUCAGCAUUGAUGUGUGCGCCACCAUGAUGAUAGACUGGUAUAAACCAGGGGCAGCCUGUAGCCUCGUGGCUAAGAGUCAGGACCAAGCCAUGCUGCCGUUGAAGGUGAAGGAUCGGCCCAUCGUGCACGCGCUGUUAGCCGCCGGCUGCUGCGCGCGGUGCGUGCUGAGGUUCUGCUGCGUCGGGCUGCAGUCUGCCUAUCGUCAGACCUACGAGGACCUGGCGAGGGAGCUCGACGUCUUCAUGAGUGAGGGGGGGGAUAAACCCCCUGAAGCCACGGCACAGGACCCCCCGGGCGACCCCCCGUGUAAGAAAGCCAGACUGGAGACCGAGCAGGGCAACACUGGGGCCGGAGACCAGGCAGGGGCCCCUGGAGACCAGGCAGGGGCCCCGGGACCCCGGCCGGAGACGGGCUCAGGCACUGCGGAGCCCGGGGUGUGUGUGGUGUGUCUGGGGGUGCUGCAGCACUACUGUGACCACGCCUUCGCCAGACGGGUGUCAGAGGCCGUGACUGCUGAGGGAUAUCAGUUUGACAGUCUAGUGCUGUCCGUGUCACUUCCUGCUCAGCUGUCCGUCAGAGAGCACUCGGCUUGGCUGCUCGUCAAGAAACCUGUGAGGGAUAAAGGCGUGUGUCUGGGGAAGGAUGACGUCGUCCAGGUGAAGGAGGCCUACAAGUGGAUCAUGAACGGGCUGGUCUCCCAGGAGCUGGGCACUCUGUGCUGCCCAAGGCAAGAGUCUCUUUGAGUGAGCGUGGGGUUCACACACCUGGAAACGGAUGGCGACUGCCACUUCCUGGCUACGUCAUGUUCUGACUGCUUCAAACCGGCCAAAAACAAACUGUCUGUCUUCACGAGAAUGGCUGUGGUGAAGGCUCUGGAGAAGAUAUCAGAGGAGAACUUCCGCCGGCACUUCCCCUGCCCCCCCGGCCAGCCCUCCACACGCUGCGCCCCCCAGGACGUCCAGUGCCUCCACGUGUCCGUGUUCGUGGCAGGCCGGUACAACAAGUUCUCGCGGACGCUGCCGCAGACACCCUGGGUGAUUGACGGGGAGAGGAGGAUGGAGUCAUCCGUGGAGGAGCUGAUCACUGCCCCCCUGCUGGCCUCCUUCCGCUCCGAAGGGUUUAACUUCUGCUCGUCCGGGAGAGAGGACGUGGAUGUGCGGACACUGGGGAACGGUCGCCCGUUCGCGGUGGAGCUGCUCAACCCCCACAGAGCUCAGUUCAGCAGGGCAGAGGUCCGCCAGCUCCAGGAGGCCAUCAACACGUCUUCAGACAAAGUGAAAGUGCGGGACCUGCAGAUCGUGACCAGGGAGGCCGUGGCUCACAUGAAGGAGGGGGAGGAGGACAAGACCAAGUCAUACGGCGCCCUGAUCUGGACCCAGAGGCCCAUCGAGAAAGAGGACAUCGAGUUCAUCAACAACAUCAAGGAGCUGAAGAUCGCUCAGAAGACCCCGCUCAGAGUGCUGCACCGCCGGCCCCUGGCCGUGCGCCAGCGUCUGAUCCACACCAUGACCGCCAGCUACCUGAACCCCCAUCACUUCCACCUCAACCUGCGCACCCAGGCCGGGACGUACAUAAAGGAGUUUGUGCACGGGGACUUUGGGCGCACGAAGCCCAACCUGUGUGAGCUGAUGGAGGCGGACACGGACAUCCUGGAGCUGGACGUGGAGUCCGUGGACGUGGAUUGGCCCCCGGCUGUAGAAGACUGAAGACUGAGACUCCAAACCAAUACUGCACCUCACAGCUAUGUUAGAGUCACCAUAGACCACUGCCGUACCAUAGAGGACUACCGUACCAUAGAGGACUACCGUACCAUAGAGGACUACCGUACCAUAGAGGACUGCCGUACCAUAGAGGACUGCCGUACCAUAGAGGACUACCGUACCAUAGAGGACUACCGUACCAUAGAGGACUACCGUACCAUAGAGGACUACCGUACCAUAGACAACAUACUGCACCUCACUGCUAAUGCCAUACUACAGAGUCACCAUAGACCACUACCUUUACCAUAGACGACUACAUACCAUAGCGGACUACCAUAGAUAUCCCACCCACUCCUGCCUUACUUUCUAUCCUCCCAGCCGGAGGUCUCUUGUCAGUGACAGGAAUUUCUGGUGCUACGGAACAGAACCCCUGUUACCAUGGUGUUGUGCUUACUGUAGUCACGCCUCUUAGCGAGCUUCGGUCAGAUCGGAGUGUUUCUUCCUUAACGGCGCCGGGCGGUCAGUGUUGAUAAUGUGGAGCUGAACGGAUGUGCCGGGCGUGUGGAAUCGGCGGCCAUGUCGGAGAGACUGACGGCGCUGUGUCUGCUUCACAAAAUGGCCGCCACAGAUUCCCAGCACUCCUGCUUUCACGUCGGCUUACCCGAGUAGGUAUUAUUAUUAUUAUUUGUAAAAUACGUGCAGAAACUUUUGGUUUUUUAUGUUUGAUUAAAUAACA